AUGCCAUGGCAUUGGGCAACUUCUGCGAUGGCAGCCACAGCGGUGUUGCUUGCGCUGCAAGUGGCUUUGGUUCUCUCAGAGUAUGCUGAGCCCCUUGUGCCGGGUGAACAGUGGCAGAAGCAAAAGCCUGGCUGGUCCCAAAGAGGGGCAGCCGUGAAUUUACCAGGCGGAAGAUGGACCAAUGAUGCGCAGGAUGCUUUUUUCGAUGGCUCGCGUCUUUGUGCGCGUCUCCGGCAACCGGAUACCUCGUUCAAGACACGAUGCACACACGUCAUUGCGGAUCAGACCUUCCGCGUCAGCGCCGCUGGCGACUUUGAGCCCGAUGGCGCCUCCGAAAUGUUGUACGACGAGUACGUGAGAAUUGAUUACCCUACCGACAUGGUACCUGGGUCCUGGCAGCAGUCGUCCAGGAACUCCAAGCUACAAGGCUCCAUUCUGGAAACUGAACUUCAGCGAGAGGAUGGGACCUGGGUCCAGACGAUCACCAGCGUGCUGCAUUGGCACUUCUUGGAGAACAUCGAUGGGACCUUCUACAUCCAACGAGCACCCUGUGCUUCUUUGGGGGUCUGUGUCUAUAGCUACGUCUUGAAGCUGGAUGCCAAGGAUCUCUAUUGUACUAGGGCAGUUUGCGAUCCCAUCAAAGAUCGUGACCAAUGCUGCGACCGCGUGGAGUCAUGCGCAGCCAUGACCAGCUGCGAUCGGUCGCAAAGCUUGGUGCCAGAUUUGAAUGGCUGGUGUCGAGACAGGGCCUGCGAUCAAAUCUUGGACCAGGAUAUCUGCUGCGUUCCAGCUGCUUUCUGCGAUGGCAUGCAGUGUCUGCCUGGAUAUGUCUUGAAGCUGAAUGCCCAUGAGAUCCAAUGCCCUCAGAGCAUGUGCUUCCCCGAGGGUGAUCGUGAUCUGUGCUGCGAGCAGCAAGGAGUCUGUUCGGAUCUGCCAUACAGCAGCGCGGAUUGUCCUGUUGGCAAAUGGUUCAACUCCGACUCAUUGUGUGCGCAGAGACAGUGUAACAAUGUCACCGAUCUCGGGAUUUGUUGUCAACCAGCGAUGCGCUGCGAUUUGGGGCUCAACUGUUCUCAUGGUUUUGUCCCGAAGGCGGACUACGAGCAGAUCUACUGCUUGGCACCAGAGUGCAGCGAGACAGAUCACUUGUUGGUCUGUUGCGAUGCGGCCGCGCCAUGCUCCGACAUCAACUGCGGCCACGGCUACUAUCAGUUGAGUGACACCUACUGCGGGAGCACCGAGUGCAACGUCACGGAGGAUUUCAGCCAUUGCUGCUUACGCUCCGCUGAGUGCUCUACCUUGCAGGACCAAAGUUGUCCGUAUGGUUAUUGGUUCGACCAUGAUGAGCGCUGUUUGCGAGACCCCUGCGACAGCAACGACCGUUCAACAGCCCUCAACCUGUGCUGUAAGCCUUCGGAACCGUGCUCGUCACUGACGUGUUUGCAUGGAUUUGUAUACAAGACGACCUACCUAUCUUUGACGUGUUUGUUGGACGAGUGUAACAUGACCACCGACCUGGGUCGAUGCUGCGAUGUGGCGGCUCACUGUGAUACCUUGAGCUGCGGACAUGGCUUCACGCCGGAUCCCUUGGCCAACGACACCUACUGCCCUGCCACUUCAUGUGACAUCAACCGCGAUCGCGAUCUCUGUUGCGAAGCUGCACCCGAAUGUGCGGUUGCCUUCACCUGCCCUCAUGGCUACACCUCUUGGCCUGACACCUAUUGCGAUGGCGUGGUCUGCGACGACACACGGGACCGGGACAUUUGCUGUCGCCCGGCCAUGCCAUGCACGGCAGUGGCGUGUCCAACCAACUACGUCACAAGGUUUGACACGUACUGUAGAGGCGUCACCUGCGAGAUCGUGCGAGAUCUGGACUGGUGCUGCGAGCGCGGAAUGGCUUUGAUGUACUACAGGUUCCUUCCAACAGAUUUGCGCCUUGCGGGCUAUACUGUAGUGCAGAUGUCUGACUUCUACCUCUAUAAUCAGCAGAUAGUGGUGGAGGGCUUUGAUCAAGCGAUUUUCUACUGCGACCCUUGUGAUACUCCGGUGAAUGGCCGAGAGGAUCCAGUGAAUCUGGGAGAUGGAAACUCCGAAACCAAAUGGCUGGACUACAGCCGCAAUGGUUUCUAUGUGAAGCUUCCUGCUGCGCAGCCCAUCUUCAGCUACAGCUUCAUUACGGGCAACGACGAAGCGAUCCGCGACCCAAUCCUGUGGCAGCUCUGGGGUUCGCCCAACGACGUGGACUGGGUGAUCCUCCACGAGAUCACGGACCGCACACUGGGUGAGUCCAUCGUCCCUACAGCGCGCGCCACGAGCACCUUGCAGGUCUCGAUCGAGGUGCCGUGCUUCGCGCCCACGGCGUCGCACAUCGACAACGCGGCGAAUGUCACCUGCGAGGAGGGUGAUCUCCUUCGGCACAACACGAAUUGCACGCCCGUUUGCCAGGACGGCUUUACUCCCAACAUCGAUGCCAUUCUGUGCCAGAAUGGUGAGUUAACUCCCGACAUCUUCAGCUGUGCCUGA